UGUUUGGCAGAGAUAAGCUACCCCCGACAUCCUCCCUUUAUUCUGGGCUUUUUGAUUGCUUUUGUCCUGACACACAAAACAAAACUCCUCCGGGGACCGCUGCGGCUGAGGCAAGCGUAAGAGGCAGAGCGGUGAUGACAGAGGAGAGGUGUCCCAAAGUGGAGCAUUAUGUUGGUGAAAUUAAAGGUGGCCUGAGACCAGCCAUGAAACUCACAGUCAUAGGAAUGGUGCACUCCAACCCCAAGAGCUUUUCAGUGACACUGCUCUGUGAUACAGUGGAUGCAAACAAAGAUGUUGGGCUGUUAUUUACAGUUAACUUUAGUGACAAAUCCAUCACCCGAAAUGCAAGAAUUGCUGGGAAGUGGGGAAGAGAAGAGAAGACUAUUCCCUACUUCCCAUUUACAGCAGGUGACACAUUUAAGAUGGAGCUCUUAUGUGAACAUCAGCAAAUACGAGUCUUGCUUGAUGGACGGCAGCUCUGUGACUUCACUCACCGCAUUCAGCCCCUGAACUUGGUGAAAGCUUUGCAGAUCUCAGGGGACAUCAAACUUACCAAAGUGGCUUGAAAAAAAAAGAGACCAUAAUAUCACCAGGGGACAGAGGCAAAUGUACUUUUUUCUGUCUGAGAAAUGUUUUAUCUUUUCCCCCUGGCUGAUUCUGGAGAGUCGGAACCGUAUCUUUUUAAUUUGCUGAUGUGUUUGAAAUAUACACUUUUUUUCUCAUACACACUCAACAGUUGCAGAGCUGUGGCUGGUCCUGAUCUACUCUCCUGGUAAAUCAGAGAGCCUUUGCUGAGAUACUCUUUUGGCCUCACAAACUGCAAGAUUUACGAUGCUAUGCAGUAUCUCACAUCCCCUAACCCCCCUGGCAUGUCAGCUGGUGGAGCUCAGUCCUCUGAAAUGGGGUGGCUGUUACCCUAUGACUAGAACUGGACAGUGUACAGAUGGUGGGUCUGAGAAAAGAGAAGCAGGAGAUUUUCAUAUGAGUGAAUAAUGGAGCCUGGUGGGCCCAGUAGGGUUCACGUUAUCAGGAGGAAUUGGUUUUCCUAGGACCUCUGCUCAAUCAGCACAAAGCCAUCUGUGCUUCCCAGUACAGAGCAAUAAAUGCCUUACCAGCACCCCUGUCUCUUGCAGGUAGCAUGAAUUGUAAGUUUUCAACAGCUGUGGAUUUCACAGCCUUCUUUGGACCAGCCCUAGGAAAUGGUAUCUGUAGCUCAAACUGCAUUGCACAUUCUUAUACCUAAUUAAAACUGCAUCUUUGCUGGCAAACUUCUUUACCAGGUCUGUUAAAUAUCUGAAUGCACGUGAGUGUUGUGCUGUUAUUUCAUUGCUGUAUAUUUAGAAAAAAAGAAGUCCUAAAUACAUGGCUAUUUUAAUACCUAUAGAAACAUACAUUA